CGACAUUGCAGUGCUUGGAGCACAAGUAUCUCCCAAUAGUGUACAUCUAUUUUAGCCCAUGUUUACAUUAUUAUCAAAGAGUUGUCUAACCAUCCCUUUAAACAAUAAUCACCAGUUUUACAAAACAAUUCCACAAUUCUUAUGAUCUGUUCACUUCUUCUCUCAAAAGUCUUGUUCUUAUGUUUUGUUUUUAAAGAAUUUAUGACUAUUUUGUGGGAAUAGCUUCUCAGGAGUUCAAGAAGUGAACAGUUGUUGAGCACCAGAAUUGUAAUUAAGAAAAUGAUAAUAAAUGUUUACUUUGAGUAAUGUAUGACUUAUUAUAAAGGGAUGUGAAGUCAAACAUUGUUUUCGAUAGUGUUAUCCAAUCGUUAUUCACUGCACUAUAGCUAUUGCUUCUAAAAAUAAUAUUUUAAUAACACUUAACAUUACUUCGAAAGAUCGAUUAAAUCCACCAAAAAAGGCUUAUAAUGGAUGACUUGAGACUAUCAGAAAUGGCUUAUCUUAAUAUUCCCGAUCGGGACCGGGAUAAGAGCCCCUCUCCAGCCGACUCUAUGGCCUCUUCAGCCACCGAUCUCUCAACUCUACCCAUGAAUUUAGGACAAAGAAGGGAUGAAUCGGCGGGACUAAACAGUCACUUAGUGUUUGCCAUAUCUGCGGCGGCAUUGGGUUCAUCCUUCCAACACGGAUAUAAUACCGGUGUUGUGAACGCACCCCAAGAUUUGGUCCAAAAGUUCAUAUCUGAAGCCCACUCCGAGAGGUUUCACGACUUGAGUUGGAAUAUUACCUCGAAUUCGAGUGCAAGCGAUGGCACGGGUAGUGAUGCGACGACCGUUAACCUCAUCUACUCUAUUAUGGUCUCAAUCUUCUGCAUCGGAGGAAUGAUUGGCGCCCUCCUCACCAGUUAUGUCGCAGAAAAGUUUGGCAGAAAAGGUGGUCUUCUGUGGAACAAUGUAUUUGUGUUUCUGGCGGCCGGACUCAUGGGCUUCUCGAAGAUGUGCCGUUCCUAUGAGAUGCUAAUAAUGGGCCGAUUCUUCAUUGGAUUUAAUGCAGCACUGACUUGGCUGAGGGGCACAAUCGAAGUACACGACGAAAUGGAUGACAUGAGAGCUGAGUACGAGUCCAUGAAACUGGUUCCCAAAGUGACACUCCAUGAGCUCUGGUAUAACUCAAUGCUGAGACAACCGCUCAUCAUAUCCCUCGUGGUUAUGCUGAGCCAACAGUUCUCUGGAAUAAAUGCCGUCAUAUUCUUCUCGACCGACAUCUUCGAAAAGGCGGGUCUGACCAAAUCGGCCGCACUUUACGCCACUUUGGGUAUUGGAGUGAUCAAUGUGUUGAUGACAAUCGUGUCGUUGAUAUUAGUGGAAAAGUCUGGUCGAAAGACUCUGUUGUUGAAUCCCGGCCAUAUUUAUGUUGGCAACUCUGCCAUUAUGUCCAGAAUCACCGAAAUAUAUUCUUAUAUUUCAAGGAAAAGAUCACUGACUUGGCUGAGGGGCACAAUCGAAGUACACGACGAAAUGGAUGACAUGAGAGCUGAGUAUGAGUCCAUGAAACUGGUUCCCAAAGUGACGCUCCAUGAGCUCUGGUAUAACUCAAUGCUGAGACAACCGCUCAUCAUAUCCCUCGUGGUUAUGCUGAGCCAACAGUUCUCUGGAAUAAAUGCCGUCAUAUUCUUCUCGACCGACAUCUUUGAAAAGGCGGGUCUGACCAAAUCGGCCGCACUUUACGCCACUUUGGGUAUUGGAGUGAUCAAUGUGUUGAUGACAAUCGUGUCGUUGAUAUUAGUGGAAAAGUCUGGUCGAAAGACUCUGUUGUUGACGGGAUUGGCCGGGAUGUUUGUCACGACUAUCGUAUUGACCUUCUGUUUAGCCCUUAAGGAUAGGUCUGAGGUGUUUAGUUAUGUGAGCAUUUUAGCGGUUUAUAUGUUUGUGGUGAUGUUUGCAUCGGGUCCCGGAUCUAUCCCCUGGUUCCUCGUGGCCGAGCUCUUUGGUGUGGGCGCCCGGGCCUUAGCAACAAGUAUUGCAGUGUCGGUGAACUGGACGGCAAACUUUAUAGUCGGUCUCGUCUUCUUACCCCUUCAGGAAAAAAUGGAAGGCUAUGUAUUCGUCAUAUUCUCGAUUCUGUUGGCAAUGUUUUGGCUCUUUGUCUAUAAGAAAGUUCCCGAAACUAAAGGAAAGACUGUCGAAGAAAUUGCCGCCGCUUUCAGGCAAAAGGCUUAUCAAUGAAGUGAUUGAAUGGAAAUAUUAUUUUGUAUAGCAUUUGACAUAUUUUAGAGAUAUAUAGCAAUAUAUAAUAUCUAUUUUGAUUGACAGCAAUAUUAUGUUAGA